GGCAUUUUUGUCUACACUACAGCGAACUACUUACACCGAAGCGAAGCGAGCGCGGGCCACUAGUAUAUAAUAAAUUUGUAAACAACCUUGACCGUUUUUUAAACAUUUUUUACAAAUUUGUGUUCUAUUGUAACGAAGAGAUUUUCUACAGGAAGCUUUGCACUCGAAGAAUACCAUAUAAAUUAACGGAGGACCAGUAACAACUGCGUGUACAGUGGUACCGUAAAAUGAUAAAAAAAAUAACAGAGGACUUAAUAAUUGGCUGUCUAUAAUAUAGUCAGGCUGCGUCACCAGAAUUAUGUUUUUUUCCAAAAAGUGAUUAGUGUCCAUGAUUGGUUUUCAUUAGAGAAAAAAAGAAGUUACUAAUCUACAUGACUGUAUGACAUAAUGGCAAGAUCAAAUUGAUUUAUUUGUCUGUUGUUGUGCUCGUAUAUUUAUCAGGAUGCGAUUGCAUUGCGAGGGGCGUGUCGCGUAGGCGCCCGCCCAGCGCACCGGAGCACGGCACGGCAGUCGACGCCGGCACGUCACGUCAGACGCACGCACGGCUCCCGCGAGCGUAACUCACGUCUGUCGCGAGUAUUAUCUCUGAAAACGUAGCUUUUUCUCGGCUUAACUUCUAAUGGAACUACAAAAUUAUAUUGAAAAUUAAAUGACUCAGCAUCAUGGAGGGCUUCCUUCACCACAUGGCGCCGCAGUUCCUGCACCCUGCUCUGCAGAGCUUUGGGUGUGGCGCGUUCCGGCCGAUAGGGGGCGCCUUCCACCCCCUUUAUCCGGGCAAAGCUUUUGCCAGACAUUUAGGGGAACAAUACGCUCUCGGCCAAACCGUCGGACAAGCUUUGAGGCAAAAUUUGAAACAAUACGGAGGUAUAUCAUCGUCACAGAGCGCCCGCGACGAGAGCGGCACACCGCCGCUGUACCGGCACGGGUACGGCGCGCGCGACGACACCAGCUCGCCGGGCUCGGCCGCCUCCGCCUCGCCGCGGCCCUGCAAGGACGAUGAGAAUCCGCCGCCCACCACCUGCACCGACUCCCACGACUUCUUUUCCGCGGAUGGCGAAAGGAAGUCGUCGUGCGGUGUGUGCGGCGCGCGGUUGGGGCCAGGUGUAGCACAAGCGCACUUUCUUCAGGAGCUGCAGCAUCUGUACAGUCUCAGCGCGCUGCCGCGAGAUGUCGCCGCGCCGCCGACGCAUUCGCUGCAUCACCAAGAUGAGGACGCUCGGUGGGAGACUUACCAGCGCAUCCGAGCGAAUCGCCAGCGUCGACUGAAGCUGCGCACUCGCAAACGCCACCACACGGUGGAGAGCAUGCUGGGCUAUGACCUAGAAGAGGAGAGGCGCGAGGAGCGGCCGCGCGAGCCGCGCUCCUACGACGCGGAAGAUGAACCAGUCGACGUGGAGGGUGACUCGCUCGGCUGGCCCGAGGGACCAAUCAACGUUGACGACAAAGAGCAGCGCAGCGACGCCGAAAAGGUGCACUUCAACUACGCCGAAGACCUGGAAAUAUCCAGCACAAACGAUGCCAUGCAUUCCCCUGAACGUGUCAGGAUCGAGACGCCAAAGCCGCUAUCGCUGGAGUGUGGGGCAAAGUGUCCGGAGGCGGCGGAGAGGCCCGCGGAGGUGUCCACGUCGGAGUGGCCGGCGGGCGGCAGUGGCGCGCCCGAGUGGGCCGCGCUGCCCGAGCCCUACGUGCACCGGCACAAGCUCGACGGCGAGAACCUGCCCUCCUCCACCGACUCGCGCAACUAGACCCAUCGUUGCACUCCACUCGUAGGCAGCCCGCCGAGUGAGCCAUACUGCCCGAGCCCUACGUGCACCGGCACAAGCUUGACGACGAGAACCUGCCCUCCUCCACCGAUUCGCGCAACUAGACCCAUCGCUGCACUCCACUCGUAGGCAGCCCGCCGAGUGGGCCAUACUGCCCGAGCCCUACGUGCACCGGCACAAGCUUGACGACGAGAACCUGCCCUCCUCCACCGACUCGCGCAACUAGACCCAUCGCUGCACUCCACUCGUAGGCAGUCCGCCAAGUGAUUCCGAGUAUUUAGUUUUUCAUUAACGUACUUACGUAAUGGCCAAAUAAGUAUCUUUAUUCGUUGUUAGUAUGUAUUUUUUGUUUUCAAUGUGAUGUAGUCACCAAAGAAUAGUGUAAAGUUUUUAAAUUAUUCAUAAUCGAUUCUUAAUCAAUGUAUAAAUGUUAGUUGAAAUAUUUAGUUAAGUUGCAUAUGUAAAAUAGCGCUUUUCAAUCUAUAUUGUUGAUGUUUAGUGUAAAUAACUCUUAUAUAAUUUUAUUCAACGUUAUAAUAUCCAUCAUGUUCGUGAAAUGUACUUGGACGAAUUAUUUUCACCGAUGGUUCCUAAAAUGAAAAUAAAAACUGUAUUGCGAAAGAUCAAAUUUAUCAUCGGAACUAAAGCAAACCAAAUAUUUGGUCUUCAACAUAUUAUUCAUUAUUUUGUUCCCACCACCAUGUAAUUUAUAAAAUAAAAGAUCGAAAAAAAAUAUAUUAUUUAUCAGUAGCGUUUAUUUUAGGACCUCAAUAUAAUUGUCGGCUUGAAUAAUACAUCGGGACCGUUCUGUAAGUUUCUUUAAACUAUUUUUGCUUCCUCAAUUACUGAGAUAGGUUAGUGUUUUGAUAGGAAAGGAGUAAAGCACUAAAAUAUUAAAUAAUAUACCUACAUGUAUGUAUCUGAUAAUAAAUAAAUAACUAUAUUUUACAACGGAUAAGAGUUUCGGAAUAAGAAACUUACUCGAAGGUCCCGAUUUAAUUAAUUUUGGAAAACAACAGCAAUAAUUUACGACGUAACAAUCAAAUAGACGUUUGAAAAUUCAAAACUGAUCCCUGGUCGUAAGAAAAUACAUUGUGUGAGACUUUGACAAACGUAUGUAUAAGGACUUUUAUACAAAAUACAACAAUAUUAACCUACUGGAAAAAGUUCAGAACUACCAGACUAUGUUUCCUUAUUAAACUAAGUCUAUGUCAAAGGACGACGAUGCGUCUCAAAGCAAAGACGGGCGUGACCAGGAUUUAUGUUAACAUAUUCUAUCUCUCGAUUGUCAUACUAAUACAACUAAUAAGAAUAAUUUUUAUGAACACCUUAAAAUGUGUUUUAUUUGCCAUAUUACAGAUACAAUUACUGAUAAAAUACAUAGCCGGUCAUGGCUAUCUACGUAAUUAUGUCUGCUGUAAUAUAGUUGCAGUCGGGCUACAACUUUAGGCCGAUAAUAGAAGAGAGAAGUAUUGUGUUAAUAUAAUUAAAAGUAAGUUACAAAAUAUUCCUAGAGGUCAUAUUAAUAUGACAUGCCAAUCAAACUAAUAAUAAAUCAUUGGCAUACGUUAGGAUAUGUUUAGCGCAAAGACUAUUUAGAAAAAUUAAUACUUUCUUAAAAUUUUAAAAUCUCGUCUCCUAGAACAUAGUUUUCAAUAUCAUAUAUAGGAGCUUUAGUACUGAACGUAUUGUUGAAUAAAUUGCAAAAGGAGGCAAUAUGCUAAUAAGCAAAUAAUGGGGACUAAAUACACAUAAGGUGCUUACAAUACAAAACAUCAAAACGAAAAAGUCCACGAAAGUAAAGAUAGCAAAUAAGAAAGUAAUAUCUAAAAACCUUUAUAAAUCUUUUCUAAAAGAUGUAAAUGGUUUAUGACAAGGUCAGUUAAAAUAAAUAGUAUUAUGAAAUCUAUCCCGAUGUCCAUAAAACAAAGGUUUGUAACAAUAAUUCUUUUAGCGGUGUUUACUUUUAAAAUCGCAAUUAUUCCUGAUACGAUUACGGCUCAAGGUAGUACGAAGCAGAAUUGUUACCUAAACAAAGUACAUUUAAGUACAUACAGUUAAUCAUAGUAGAUAAGUGUGUAAGCAUUUUGUAAAAUGAAUUUUAGUAGGUACAACAAAGAAAUAUACAAAAUAUCCUUCCAGAACAUUUUAAUUAGGUAUAUUGAGGAGCUACCAAUAAAAAGAACUAAAUUUUAUUGAUCGUCAUAGAGAACUGGCAGUUAAUGACAUUUUAAUAAAGUAUUAAAUCUUAUAAAUUUGGAAGCUUAAAACCCAAGUAAAUAGAGUUUACGUUAGUUUACAUAGUUUACGAUAAAACUACACGUGUAAGCUGCAUGUCUGGCUUGUCCAUAUCGCAUAUUGAAAACAAAAGAGACUCAAUAUACAAAACCAAAUCUAUUAGUGACACUUUUUGUUAUUCACCGUGUUAGUGAAAAAAACAGUCUCAUUUAAGUUUGAUACUAGUUAAGAAUGCUACGAAUAGUGCAAUAUUUUGAAUUAAUGUUUGUUUAUUUAUAAAGUUGUAGUUAUAGCACAGCUACAGGCGGAAUAGUAACAAGUUUAUAACCAACUCAGGAUAAAAAUCAGGCCUCCGACAACAACAAUUGAUCACAGUAAUUGAAUUCUGAUAUUUCCAGUAGGUAUUGUCCCGUUUUUGUAUUUAAAGUGCGAUACAAUGAUUAAUUUUAAUGGUCUUCAUUGCAAUUCAUUUAGUGCUUCCAUUCAGUGGCAUAUUGUUACUAACAGUUUUGUUCGCGGGAGCCGAUGACCUCAAUCGCGAAAUUGAUAAUAUUGUUCUUAAUCAUAGUGCUCAUAUUUAAUUUUUACCACAAGAAAACAUUUUAAACGAAAAACGCUCCUUUUUGAGAAUAAUCUAACACGAGAAUUGGGUUUUCCUGUCAUGUUUUUAUAUUAUUACAUAAUAUUUUAGUUUACUAUCAAACAAUGUGACCGAACAUAUUUUUGUUCAUAAAUAUUUUUACUGACAAUUUCAAUGAAAAAAAUCAAAGUCACGAUCACUACUUAGAACAUUUGCGGCUCCGCGCUCAUUCAGUAUGGUAAACAUUGUUCAUUAGUUACGUUACUGGGGUGGGUCGGCGAGAUUCAAUUUGAAAGUGGAGUGACGGUAGUUUUCUUCGGCCGCGGAUGCUGAUGCGCGGCGUCUGACUUGGUCCCCUUCAGACCGGUAUUCUUCUACAACCUACGCAAAGGAAAUAAACUUGUUAAAGGCUGAUUUACGCUGAGGUUACAACAUGCGACAGUGCGCCAAGCUACAUAUUUUGACGUGGGUCAUCUGAUGGUAUGCUGGAAAUAGAAAAAAUCUGCUUCACUUUCAACAUUCAGCAGCCUAUUAAAAGCGAAUGCAACAUCCUGCCUUGAGCAUUGUGCUGUAAAUUUUUAAUUUAUUGGUUUGGCAUGCGGCUAUGUACACUGUUGCCUCGGCCUUAAGGCUGCGCUUAAACACAAGCACAUUUGAGCAAUGCCAAAGGUCAAUUUCCUUAAGACUUAUGCGCACAACUCCGCUUCGGUGGUAACACAGCCUUACUUAUUAAUAUGGAUAGUUAAUAUCUAUUAGUUUCACUCUCAUGGUUUCUACUUACUACUUAUACCGUACCAUGUCAUGAUCUUAAAUAAAAAAUCUUUCGAAAACUGACCUAUUUAUGUGUGAUACAUUAUUAUAUUAUUUUACAUGUGUUACACUCUCUCUUCACACUUCUCAUGCGUUCUUCUACUGGAUCUUAUAUCCUUUUCGAACCUAUCUCAUAGUUAGUUUAGCGUCCUUCUCUCCCUUCAAUAUUUUUCUCACUCAAUCCCUCUCUUUCAACCUUAAUCUCCCUACAAUCCCCUUUUUCUCUUUUUAUGCUUCACUCUAGAUCCUAGUAGAAUCCUUAUCCGAAGCAGCCACUGACUGAGAGUGGUAAUUCGUCUUAAGAACUCUCGCGACUAUGAUCAUAAAAAUAUAAUUAAGUAACGAAAUCCGCACA